AUGACUUUUGAACUGAAUGAACCAACUAUUAGAAAAGGUGGUGCAAGUUUUAAUGAUAUUGUCCAAAAGGGGAUACAUAUUAAUUUUUUGGCCAAGCGAUCACUUCCUGCUUUCUGUUACCCGCCAUUCAACUGGUUGUGGGAAUCAGCAGUCCCUCUUGGAUUUCUUUACCAUUUUUCAUCUGUAGCUGCGUUGCCCUUAAUGACUUCUGGUUUUUUGCAUGUUUUUGAAGGUGGUGGAGGCCUCUCUGGCUGUAUGCAGGCUUCAACAUUGGCCUACUUUAUCUGUAUCAGCUCCCUAUUGGUUUCCCAAAGAUGUUCUAUGCGUUCUACUCCAUGGUAUGCAUCUGUCAGUUACAUUCAGGACUUCCAGUUGAGUGUUGGGUCAAUGGCAUUCUUACUUGAAUGAGUGUGAAAAUCUAUUCCAACUUUUCUGGAAUCAAAAUCUGCACAGUUUACAGUGGUCUGGCCUUUUAGUUUAAUGGAACUCAUGUUUCUUUUUGAUUAUAGUUGCUUGUUGUAUCUAUGACAUUGUGAGGUGAAAGGACUUAAGUUUUAAGGGUUUAUGAUCCAAAUGGUAAGACUAGGGUCAAUAGAGUUGGGAUCCUUUUGGCUGAAGUUUCAGGCAGAAACUUUUGGACAGCAAAGAAAAAAAUAAGUUUAGGGCUAGAAGGUUCAGUAAUUAGGGAAAAGACUGAAGAUUUAGGAAUCGGUUUAAUGGAAAUGUAUGGCUCUUGAUUGAGCACAACAAAGAAACAUGAUUUAUAUAGCUGAUCUUAAAUAGUUUGGAUAAGGGCUUUGUUGAGUUGAGUACAAC